AUGACAACAAAAAAUAUAACACCAGCUGAAAUGUCCAAAUGUCUUGGAAUAAGUCUUUCAACUUUGUGCAAUUGGAAAAACGAUGAAAAAUUAUUAAAUAUUGAAAGGGAACAGGUUCAUGCUCUUCAAGCCAACAAGACUAAACGUCUUUGUCAACUAGAAAAUCCACUGCUAGGAUCAUCAACAAAAUUUGAGGCAAGUAAUGGUUGGCUUGAUAAAUGGAAAAAAAGACACCACAUCAGGAACAUCACUUUAUGUGGUGAAAAAAAAUCAGCUGACUAUGAUGCUGCGACUGAAUAUCGAGAUAAAUUUCACCAGAUAAUUCAAGAUCAGGGUCUCACUGCGGAUCAAGUAUUCAAUGCUGAUGAGACUAGUGUCAAUUAUCGACAAAUGCCAAGAAGAAGUUUAGCUGCUAAAGAAGAAGUUGGUACAUCUGGUUUUAAAAUCCAAAAAGAACGAAUAACAGCUAUGGCAUGUAGUAAUGCAUCUGGUACAAUAAAACUGCCAUUAGUUGUCAUUGGAAAAUAUGCAAAACCACGUGCAAUAAAAGACCACUUGAACAAUCUUCCAGUGAGUUAUAAAAGCCAAAAAAGUGCUUGGAUGACCACUGACAUAUUUUCCAGUUGGUUUUACGAUGAGUUUGUGCCAUUCCUGUGGCCAGAUAUCCAAACAUAUAUAACUGAAUCUUAA